AUGCCCAACACCACCUGGGAGAUUUCGCUGUACCACAAGAAGUACCCGUCGGUCACGGAGGGGCAGUGCAGGAGCUACUGCCUCAGCCACUGCUACUGCGCGGCCGCGCUGAUGAUCAACGGAUCCGACUGCGCAGAGGUGGGGGCGCUCACGUACGGCCGGCGGGCGGACGACAUCACGACGACGACGCUGAUCAAAGUGCGCAAGGGGAAUGCUCCUUACACGGAUGGACCGUCGGCGGCAACGAGAAAGAUACUACGUCCCUACAAGAUCGCCACCCUUUGCGUCUCCGGCCUCCUGUUGAUCACCAUCAGCGGCCUCGUGGCACGGCGCUACCUCGUCGGGGACGGCGAUAGCCAGCGGCCAUUGAACUAUGGCGUGAGAGCGUUCAGCUGGAAAGAGCUACACCAAGCCACCAACGGCUUUCAGAAACUGUUGGGCAAAGGGAGCUUCGGGGAGGUCUACAAAGGGACGAUAAGAUCGCCGCAGCCACACCCCAUUGCGGUGAAGAAGCUCAUCGACUCCAACGAGUACAGCGAGCAGGAGUUCACCAACGAGGUGCAGUCCAUCGGGCAGAUCCACCACCGGAACCUGGUCCGUAUGAUCGGCUACUGCAAAGAAGGCAAGCAUCGGAUGCUGGUCUUCGAGUUCAUGCCUGGCGGGUCGCUACGUGGAGCCCUCUUCGUCAACCAAGAGAGGCGGCCUCCAUGGUGCUGGCGUGCCGAGGCCGCCCUGGCCAUCGCCCGGGGGCUCGAGUACCUCCACGACGGCUGCAGCGCCCCCGUCAUCCACUGCGACAUUAAGCCUGACAACAUCCUGCUAGACGACCACGGCGUCCCGAGGAUCACCGACUUCGGGAUCUCCAAGCUGCUGGGGAGCCAGCAAGUGCACACCACGGUGACCCAUAUCAGGGGCACCAGAGGGUACAUCGCGCCCGAGUGGCUCCGCAGCGAAGCGCGCGUCGACACCAAGGCGGACGUGUACAGUUUCGGUGUUGUGCUGCUGGAGAUGAUCUGCUGCCGGAGGUGCCAGGAGCGUGUGGUGCAGGACAACCUGCCGACGGGCACAGUAGAUGACGAUGAGACGGUCACGCUGUUCGGCUGGGCGGCGCAGCUAGUGGUCGCGCGAAGGACGGAGCUGAUGCUAGACGGCGAUGCGGAGGUUGAGACCGUAGAGGACAUGGAGAAGGUAGAGCAGUUCGCGCGCGUGGCGCUCUGGUGCAUCGAGCCGAACCCGCAGCUGCGGCCGACCAUGCACCAAGUGGUGCAGAUGCUGGAGACCAGGAACGGGGCUCAGAUUCAGGCACUGCCUGACCCUCCAAACUGCUACGUAGAAUCCUCACCUCUAAUUCCUCAGCUCAAAGAUUGA